AUGGCGCAAACUCACUUCGGACAUAUGUUCUUGAUUCUUGCUUUUCUUGCGGGCGUCUUUGCCAGCAUUGAAGUUCUUGACCUAGGGUCGUUGGAAUGGACGCUCACCAAUGCCGACCAAUCCGUCCUAGUUCCAGGUGCUGUGCCCAGCGAUGUUCAUUUGGAUCUAUUUGCUGCUCAGGUCUUCGAAAACCCAUAUUAUGGUUCAAACGACGUUAACCUACGCUGGAUCGCCCUCGAUAAUUGGACAUACUCCACAACACUUCCUGAUCUCUCGACUUGGUCGACUUGCUACGAUGAAGUGUACCUCAUCUUCAACGGCCUCGAUACAUUCGCAACUGUCACGCUCGGUGAACUCUCUCUUGGCACUGUCAGCAAUCAGUUCCGCCAAUGGACCUUCAACAUUCGCAACGCUUUGCAAUCCGCAGCCAACAGUGGCAGCUCUCCUGUUCUCACAGUAGCUUUCACCAGCGCGGUGGUUCAAGCCAACUAUCUGGCCAAUCUUCCCGGGCAGGAGAUCUUUCCAAAUGCAAGCAUCUCCUGGUUCGUUUCUGGAAACCGCAUGUACAUUAGAAAGAAACAAUGCGACUUCGGUUGGGAUUGGGGUCCAGCAUAUGCGCCGCAGGGCGUCUGGCGUCCAGUAUACAUGGUUGGGCUCACGUCAUUUACAAUGAAUGGGACAGUUCCUGCUGGUACUUCUGCAUAUGACGAGGUUACACCCAAUGAUUCUAUGAACUUCACUUAUGAGGUCUACGUACAGCCCACCAGCCUAUACAUUACUAACAAUGCGACUGACAUAUACCGGUUUGGUCAAGUACCAAACCUUCCACCAGAUCACUCUGCCCCUUGGAUUGUGAACGUCUCACUCGAUGUUUUGCCGAGCCCUGCUAUUCCAAACAGCAGCCUUGCGAUGAUGAUCGAUAUUGAAGGGGUGUGGAACAGCGGAUGGCUGCAGACAAAGAUCGUCAACACAAGCGUUACCGGAUCGAUGACAAUUCCAAAUGCCUCUGUCGAACUCUGGUGGCCUUGGAAUCUUGGCAAUCCCCGAUUGUACAACAUCACGGUAAAGCUCUCAUAUGACACCUUCAACCUAGCCACGACCUUCAAAUGUCGAAUCGGUUUCCGAACCAUCGUCCUCAACAUGGAGCCCAUCCUUUCUAACAAUACGCUAGGCAUCACGCCGGGCGAUGCCUGGCACUUCGAGAUCAAUGGGCAUGAUAUGUAUGCCAAAGGAUCAAAUUGGAUUCCACCUGAUGCAUUCUGGCCUCGAGUCACUGAGGAUCGAUAUCGCCAACUGUUGACAAGCGUUGUUGCUGGCAAUCAGAAUCCCCUGCGUGUUUGGGCUGGAGGAGCGUAUCAAGAUGAUCUUUGUUACGAUUCUGACUUCUUGGAGAAUGUGGCCGCUGAAGUAACGUACAAUGUCCGACGUAUCAAUCGACAUCCAUCUCUGGCAUUAUGGGCCGGGAAUAACGAGCUGGAAACCUACUCUGUUCGCGUGGCAGAAACUACAGUGCCGAUGAACGCUUCUCUGUACCAAUCUCAAUUUGAAAAGCUGUUCCUUGGAGUCAUCCAUCCCAUUGUGAACGCCAACUCGCGAAGUAUCAGCUGGAUCACCUCCAGCACCACAAACGGCUAUAUCACCCUCAACCCAUGGGUUCAGCGCUACCAGAACGUAACACCAGGCUACAUUUACGGUGAUUCGGAGCUCUAUGACUAUGACGUGACGCACUCCUUCAGCAACCAGUACUACCCUGUCUCGCGCUUCGUUAAUGAGUUCACCUUUCACAGCAUGCCAAGCGUAUACACAUGGUCUGAAUUCAACAGCAGCACAAUUCUAUCGCGGGAGCACCAUAACCCCCCGGAUGGCCUGACUCGCAUCGGUGCGGGUGCGUACCAAGGACAGGGGCAAAUGACGAUGGGCGUGCAAGCCUACUAUCCUGUUCCAUCCUUAUCCGAUCCGUACGCGAAUUUCUCCGCGUGGUGUUGGUCAACGCAGCUAUUCCGGGCGGAGUUCAUGGCCCGCGAGAUCCAUUUCUAUCGACGUGGAAGUGGCCUGCCCAAUCGUUGCCUGGGCAGUUUAUAUUGGCAGCUCGAAGACAUCUGGCAGGCGCCUAGUUGGGCCGGGAUCGAGUAUUCGGGAAGAUGGAAAGUUUUGCACUACGCUGCACGGAAUGUGUAUCAACCCGUCAUCAUUUCCCCUUUCUUCUCCGGCAGCUUCGAUGUUGGUCCGGUCAACAGCACGCUUGUUUAUAGUGCCGGUAACGGGACUGAUGUGCCCCUCUUGCCUAGCAAUACUACGGGUGAUAACGCGGUUCUGUCCCUCAAAUUGACUGCCAGUGACGGGGAACAAACGUAUACACACGAGAACUGGUUCUCACCGACUUACCUCAACGCCGCAAAUCUCUCUGAUCCGCAAAUCAAGCUAACAACGAACUCCCGCUCUUCCUCAUUCCUAUCCUCCUCCGAUCCCACAUUCACAGUCUCGGCAAGAGGUGUCGCAGCCUGGGUAUUCCUCGAACAUCCAGAGGGCGUCCUGGGCUGGUUCUCAGAGAAUGCGUUCCUGCUGAUCCCAGGGCAAGAUCGAGAUAUCACAUUCAGCGUCUGGCCAGGAAGCGAUAGUACUGAGGGCACAUGGGCAGACGGGGUGACGGUCCGAAGGAUGUGGAAUAAUAUUUAUAUGUAA